AUGGCCGGCCCAGGGUUUCGGGGCCACCCCGCCGGACCUCUCUUGCUCCUGCUGCUCCUGCCCCAGGCCCUGCCGGAAGGACCGCUGGUGUUCGUGGCUGUGGUGUUCCGCCAUGGUGACCGGGCCCCGCUGGCCUCUUACCCCACUGACCCGCACAAGGAGGCAGUUCCUACCCUGUGGCCGAGAGGCCUGGGCCAGCUGACCUCGGAGGGGGUCCGCCAGCAGCUGGAACUGGGCCGCUUCCUGAGGAGUCGCUAUGAGGCCUUUCUGAGCCCGGAGUACCGGCGGGAAGAGGUGUACGUUCGCAGCACAGACUUUGACCGGACACUGGAGAGCGCUCAGGCCAACCUGGCCGGGCUGUUCCCCGAGGCUGCCCCGGGGCGCCCCGAGACCGCCUGGAGGCCCAUCCCUGUGCACACCGUGCCCGUCACUGAGGACAAGCUGCUGAGGUUCCCCAUGCGCAGCUGUCCCCGGUACCGUGAGCUGCUGCACGAGACCACCGAGGCCGUGGAGUACCAGACAGCGCUGGAGGGCUGGGCGGACUUCCUGAUGUACCUGGAGAACUGCACGGGGCUGUCGCUGGUCGGGGAGCCGCUCCGCAGGGCCUGGAAGGUUCUAGACACACUGAUGUGCCAGCAAGCCCAUGGUCUCCCCCUCCCAUCCUGGGCCUCCCCGGAUGUCCUGCGGACGCUAGCCCAGAUGUCGGCUUUGGAUAUUGGGGCCCAUGUGGGUCCACCCCGGGCGGCAGAGAAGGCCCAGCUGACAGGGGGGAUCCUGCUGGAGGCCAUUCUCGCUAACUUCUCCCGGGUCCAGCGCCUGGGGCUGCCCCUCAAGAUGGUCAUGUACUCGGCUCACGACAGCACCCUGCUGGCCCUCCAGGGGGCCCUGGGCCUCUAUGAUGGGCACACCCCGCCCUACGCUGCCUGCCUGGGCUUCGAGUUCCGGAGGCACCUCGGGGACCUGGACCCGGACGAAGAUGCAGGGAAUGUCACCAUCUCCCUCUUCUACCGAAACAACUCUGCUGGCCUGCCCCUGAGCCUCGGCCUCCCCGGGUGCCCAUCCCCCUGCCCGCUAGGCCACUUCCGACAGCUGACGGCGGCAGCCCGGCCUCCGGCUCUCGGGGUCCCCUGCCGCGGCUCCCGCGAGCCGGCCACCCCCACGGCCGCCGUGGUGCCCCUGCUGGCUGGGGCCGUGGCCGUGCUGGCGGCGCUCAGCCUAGGGCUGGGCCUGCUGGCCUGGAGACCCGGCUGCCUGCGGGCCUGGGGAGACCCCGUGUGA